AGCCGCCAACCAACGAUCACAAAGCUACUUCUCUUAGCUGUAUACCAGUGGGCCCCACACAAACCAUUGUUUUCUUCUUCAAUUUUUCUUCCUCAACGUCAACCACCAUCUCAUCUUCAUCUCCUUCUCCAUCUUCUUAUAAUAUUAUUAUUAUUCUUAUUAAUAAUAUCUUCUUUCAUUUCCAAUUCCCCCAAUUUUCAUCAUGCCGGCAUGGUGGAGCAAGAAAUCGACCAAAAACAAAGAUCAAGAUAAGAUUUUGAAACAUAAUUCCAUCAAUUCCAGCCCCAAAGAUUCCUUAAAGAAGCAUAAUCGGAGCUUAGAUGACGUCUUACCAUCUGGGUUUUCGGGUUUUGGGUCGGAUCGUACUGGGUAUGUUUUGCCUCAACCGGUAACAUCACCCACGACGUCGUUUGGGUUGACUGAUCUUCACGGGUCGGGUCCUGGAUCCGGGUCGGUUUCUUCCAGUGGAGAUUCUUCUGUUUCGUCUUCUGAUUAUGUUCAGUUUGGUAUUGUCAGAGGAUCUACGGAGACCAAGUUCAGUCCACAACCACGAAGCCCGGGUCCAGGAUCACGGGUGGCAACCGCAGCCACUUCGCCGCAUCAUCCACGGUUUGCAGGUUCAAGUUCAAGUCUUGAUUCUCCAAACAAAAGGGUAGAUAGUGAGUGGCAUCCUCUGCCCCUUCCGCCACCUGGUUCACCUACUGCCGCCACCGCCACCACCGCCGCCGCUGCCGCUGGUGGUACCAGAAUUUGCAGCUCUCCUAGCAGGCCUUCGGUCGUGUCAAACGUUGGUGUAUCCGAAAACUCGAAUCACCAAUUGUCAAAGUGGAAGAAGGGAAGACUGUUGGGUAGAGGCACCUUUGGGCAUGUUUACCUUGGUUUUAACAGUGAGGGUGGGCAGAUGUGUGCAAUUAAAGAAGUAAAGGUUGUAGCGGACGAUCAGUCGUCACGAGAAAGUCUCAAACAGUUGAACCAGGAGAUCACUUUGCUUAGUCGUCUUUUACAUCCAAACAUCGUUCAAUACUAUGGAAGUGAACUGGGGGAAGAAACGUUAUCGGUUUACUUAGAAUAUGUCUCUGGCGGUUCCAUUCACAAGUUACUUCAAGAAUACGGGCCAUUUAGGGAGCCCGUAAUUCAAAACUAUACGAGGCAAGUCCUAUGCGGGCUCGCUUACUUACAUGGAAGAAAUACUGUACACAGGGACAUAAAAGGUGCAAACAUCUUAGUUGAUCCGAACGGUGAAAUAAAGCUUGCUGAUUUUGGCAUGGCAAAACACAUAACGAAUUGUACUUCAAUGUUGUCUUUCAAAGGAAGUCCAUACUGGAUGGCACCAGAGGUUGUGAUGAAUACAAAUGGUUACAACCUUGCUGUUGAUAUCUGGAGCUUAGGAUGUACAGUUCUUGAAAUGGCGACAUCAAAACCUCCAUGGGGUCAAUACGAGGGGGUGGCUGCAAUAUUCAAGAUUGGAAACAGCAAAGACAUGCCUGAAAUUCCUGAUCAUCUAUCAAAUAAUGCAAAAUCUUUUAUAAAACAAUGCCUGCAACGGGACCCGUCUUUGCGGCCCACUGCCGCAAAACUGUUAGACCAUCCGUUUAUACGCGACCAAGCGACAACAAGACCCGCAAAUGUCAACCUAACCAAAGAAGCAUUUCCGACCGCUUUUGAUGGAAGUCGCACACCUACCGCCUUGGAAAUGCGUGCCACCAGAAACACACGCUCGUUUGAGCUCCCCACAUCUAAAGGGAGUCCAAGGCAAACAAUCACUUCCUUGCCCGUUUCUCCAACUUCGAGCCCGUUAAGGCAGGCAUACAGAAGCGGUUUUCUGUCUCCACCACACCCGUCAUAUUCCCUUAUUGGUCAAAGUAGUCAUACGUCGAAUCAAGUCAUGGCAGCUCCAGUAAGACUUAACGCACUCGAGCCAUGGUAUGAGAUCCCAACAACCCACACUCCCAACAGAUCUCCACACAGACUAUGAGUCCCAAACCGAAGCAUAGGCUUCUCGUAUCGUGUGUGUUGAUACGUGUUAAAUGGCUGUCUCAUGUAAAUAGAAUAUGUCGCUGUGAAUCUUUUUUGUUGGUUUAUACAGAGAACAUCAAAUGUGAGGGUUAAAAUUUCUUAGUAUUUAACUUUUUACUAAAGCAACUCAUGUAUGUAUUGAUCUACUUUAUACAAUAAGUAAUGAAAAACAACUACUAAACGCCCCUGCGCGUUUUAUUACGUUGAAAGUUCUUCA